UAGGGGCGGGGCUUGUGUGUUUGGGGUCAGUAGAGUGUCAGUGUUGGGCACAGGCGCACUUGUUGGGGCUGCGAUCAUGUCGUCUCCGCUCGAGAAGCCGCAGAUUAUCGCACACGUCCAGAAGAGUGUGAAUUACACCUUAUUUGACUGCAAAUGGAUCCCGUGCAGCGCCAAAUUCGUCUGCCUGGGCAAUCUAGCCAGGGGGAGCGGGAUUCUGCAGAUCUACGAGAUCCAGCACGGGGAGGCCAAGCUCAUCCGGGAGAUUGAAAAGCCUAAGCCCCUGAAAUGUGGAACGUUUGGAGCCAGUUCACUACAGCAGAGAUACUUGGCCACAGGUGACUUUGGAGGAAAUCUCAGUGUCUGGAAUCUGGAAGCCGCUGAUACUCCGGUGUACUCUGUUAAAGGGCACAAGGAGAUAGUCAAUUGUAUUGAUGGAGUUGGCGGUUUAGGCAUUGGGGAAGGUGCGCCAGAGAUUGUAACGGGAAGCCGGGAUGGAACUGUGAAGGUUUGGGACACAAGACAGAAAGACACUCCAGUAGCCAAUAUGGAACCGGUAGAAGGAGAAGCCAAAAGAGACUGCUGGACUGUAGCGUUUGGUGAUGCUUACAACCAGGAGGAACGCGUUGUGUGCGCCGGCUAUGACAACGGCGACAUUAAGCUGUUUGACCUGCGCAACAUGUCUCUACGAUGGGAGACCAAUAUUAAAAACGGGGUCUGCAGUCUGGAGUUUGACAGGAAGGACAUCAUGAUGAAUAAAUUAGUUGCCACGUCCUUGGAAGGAAAAUUUCACGUCUACGACAUGAGGACGCAACAUCCUACGAAAGGUUUUGCCUCAGUAACGGAAAAGGCGCAGAAGUCUACCAUAUGGCAAGCCCGGCAUCUGCCACAGAACAGAGAUGUCUUUAUGACGACUGGAGGAGCUGGAAGCCUUCAUCUCUGGAAAUAUGAAUACCCCGCUCAACGAUCUCGGAAAGACUCGGACGGUGUGGACAUGGGAGUGGCUGGGACAGUCAGUCUACUUCAGAACGUCACCCUAUCCUCGCAGCCCAUCUCCAGCAUAGACUGGAGCCCCGAUAAGAAAGGCUUGUGCGUUUCCACGUCGUUUGACCAGACUGUCCGGGUUCUCAUUGUCACCAAGCUUAACAAACUUUGAUUUCAAGAUCCUGCCGCAAAGACUAUUGGGAUUCACCACCGUUUCUUUCUGUUUUGGUGAAGCUUUCAUAUCUACGAUACCAA